AUGAGUUCUCCAGCUGAAGAUAAGGAAUGCGGCGUUUGCACGAGAAGAAUAACAAGCGAAGCCGUAUUCACAGCCGAGUGCUCACACUCGUUCCACCUCGGCUGCAUUUUCGACAAAAAUAGUAAUACGAGUCCUCUUUCACUUUGCCCUCUCUGCUAUACCAAUUGGAACCAUCUUCCUUUCUAUAAGAAGCCCAACUCCGACUCCAACGUUUUUCACACUAACGUUUAUCAUCCCCUUGAAUUGUACUACGACGACGACGAUCCCUUUCUAGAAGCUUCAAUACGGGAGUCCCUUGAAUUCUCCGACGACGACGACGAUCCUUUUCUAGAAGCUUCAAUGCCGGAGCCCCUUGAAUUCUACGACGACGAUCCCCUUCUAGAACCUUCUUCAGCUUCAAUCGUCGUCGUAGGCGGCGGCUUGCUGCAGAAAGUGAGUGUCGAAGCCAUACCCGAACGCCAUGCUAUUUCGGCUUCCGAACCCGUAUCUCUAUUCACGGUCCUACUUAAACUAAAGGCACCGCCGUUAUCAGCCGAUGCUGUUUCCUCUCAGCGAGCCCCGAUCGGCCUUGUCACAGUUCUUGAUGUCAGCGGCAGCAUGUCCUGGAACAAGCUGAGCCUCGUAAAGCGGGCCGUACAUUUCGUGAUCAAUAACUUGGGCCCGUACGACAGGCUCUCGAUAGUAUCUUUCUCGAGCCAAGCUCGGAGAAUAUGCCGUUUGACCAGAAUGACGGACACCGGCCGUUACGAUGCUAAGCUCGCCGUUGAUUCGCUCUACGCAAGUGGCGGCACUGAUAUUGUCCAAGGCCUGAAGAAAGGAUCGCAGGUUCUUGAGGAAAGGCGUUACGAGAAUCCGGUCACGAGCAUUAUAUUCUUGUCCGAUGGAAACGACACAUGCAAUGGCGGCGGCGGCGGCUCGUAUUUUCGGCAAAACUCGAAUUUCGGAAAUGGUCCUCCGGAAUACCUAAAUCUAUUGCCGCGCUCUAUUUACCCCGGAGAGGGUGGUGGUGGACCGGAAGAUAUGGAAAGAAUUCCGGUCCAUUCGUUCGGUUUCGGGUCGGACCACGAUUCAGUUACCAUGCACGCGAUUUCCGAUGCGUCGGGCGGUACUUUCUCCUUCAUCGAGUCUUACGAAAUGGUGCAGGACGCUUUCGCGAGCUGCAUUGGCGGUUUACCGAGUGUGGUGACUCAGGAGCUUCGUCUGACGCUGAGGUCAGCGUCGGACGGAGGGGAAAUCGAAUCGAUUCCUUCCGGAAGGUACGCGAGCGAGAUCACCGAUCAAGGAUCGAAAGGCACGGUCCACGUGGGCAACCUCUACGCCGACGAAGAAAAAGAAUUCCUCAUCAACUUAUCGAUCCCCGCACUUCCAAAUUCCGAAGAAACCGAGAGAAAGACGUCUAUUUUGGACAUCGUGUGUUCUUACAGGGACGUCGUCUCGAAAGAGAUGGUCGAGAUAGAAAGUGAACUAGUGGAGAUAAAACGUUUAAAGGCCGUUUUGCCCUCGGAUAUGACGGUGAAUUUGGAGGUGGAUAGGCAGAGGAAUCGGCUGCAUGCGGCAGAGAGCAUAGCGGAGGCUCAAAAAAUGGCGGAAACGGGAGAUCUACUUGCGGCAAGGACUCUACUGGCGAAGGGUAGAACGGUCAUUCUUGGUUCUGCUUCGGCUCAAGCAGGGGAUGUGUUCGGCACUUGGCUCGAAGAAGAUAUGAUGGAGACUGAGAGAAGAAUGGGGAGUGCGCAGCUAUAUCAACGAGAGGGACGAGCUUUCGCACUCUCGGGAAUGAGUUCGCAUGGUACGCAAAGGGCGACGACGAGAGGGAAAAAAGUGGCCGGAGCGGGACUCGUCGAGAACUUUAGCUGUGUUGCGGCUCUUCAAUCUGCUCCUGCUUUUGGUUUUGAUCCAUAUUCAACUCCGAGUAUGGCUAAUAUGGUUUUCAAGUCUCAACAACUUAGCAAGACGGACGAUACUACUACUACAAAGGAAAAAUAG